GUUACAUUUACACCUUUCUCUCUCCCAUUCUGGCACUCCUCAGUCUCUCUCUCUCUCUCUCUCUCUCUCUCUGAACUUCGCUCGCUGCAGCAACCCGCUAGCUGAAUUUUUGGGUCUCCUUCAUACCCUCCCCCUCUCUCCCCCUCACUCUCACUGUCUUUCUUCCUUGUGUGAGUAAUGGAACCUGCGAAGAUCGACUGGAAGAGACUGGAGUGGCACUUUGUAGAAGACGAAAAAUACGAGCACAUUAACGCACCGAAAUGGGUCGAUUUCUUGGCCCCAGACCAAUCCGUGGACGAUGAGGACUGGUUUUGCAGACCCGAUUGUAAGCAUCCCAAGACAGUGGACGAUUUUCUCAGAUCAACUCCUUCAAAGCUUUUGAGCUCGGUUGAUUCUCCAGGAAUUCUUCCAUUGGGUGACCAAAAUAGGAGAGAUCAGAAGUUGAAGAGAAGGGUGCCCACCCUAUCUUCGGCUUCCCCAGAUGGCAAACUCAAAUUCAAGCACGACAGUGAGAAUCAGAACCCAAACCUGGUUACUCCACCAAGUAAUAAUCCAUUGAAAUUGACGAAGGCAUCAAUCAAGUCAAGCGAUGAGAAAAAGAGACUCAUUGAUGACACGUCGCAGCACAACAAGGUGCCUUCACUGAGAUCCACACUCUCAGCAAAGAAUUUGUUUGCAGGGAGGCCUAUCUUGAGCCAAAUCACAGAAUUCUGCAAUGAACUGAAGAAAUUAGCAACAAGAGGUAGAGAGAGAGAGAACGAUGAAAAUGUGAAUGAGAUUAAAAGUGAAGAGGGCGAGGAGAAUCAAAAAGCAAACGAAGGGCCUCCGCCUGUUCAGCCUUCGGAACAGUCAGUUAAGGAAGAGAAAGAAAGGAAGCCGUUGCUUGAAGUGACCGGAAAAUCUGAGGCAAGAAACAAUAAACCGAAGCUGCAGAGAAAGAAAAGAGCGGAUGAGACCGAAAAUAUGCCUAUUAUGCUGGACUUGGAGAAUGUGAGACGCAAGAAAGAUGAGAACUUAAUGCAAAUUCGCACAAACCCUCCCUCUCCUCAGUGCUUCUCUGCUAUUCGUGAUACAAAUAAAACUACCCCUCCAAAGGCUUCCAAAUCCAGAUUAAUGGAGAGAGGAAUUCUUCAAGAAGUUGAGCAAAAGAAAACGAUGGAGUUUCCUGAGAACAGUAGCCAAGACAUCUCAAUAGUUGAUGGGAAAGAAGCAAGAGCUUUGGACGUGUUCUGGUUUUUGAAGCCUUGCACAUUAUCCAGCUAGCUUCAUUGACAAAAUGCUAUGAUUGAUUCUUUCAUUCUUUAUUUUAUCUUUAGGAAUACAUAAAGUCCUGCAAAACUACACUAGUUUAUUCUAGGUUCUUAGUCAUUCUUUUAUUAUUGUCUCUUGUUCCUCCCAUAUUCUUCUACAAAUGAUAAGAGGAAUCUGAAAACUUAAGGAUUCAUUAAUACUUGUAUUAAACAAAAGAUUUGUGAAUAAAAUGUUGAAUCCGUGCUGCUUUCCUGAGGAACAAAUAA